CCCCAAAUUUGGUUGCAUUCCUCUUCUCUUGCUCAUUAAAAACUCCAACAAAAUAAUCAAACCAUUAAUGGCCAUUCUUAUCCCAAUCCCAAUGUCUCCUUAGUCCUUGCUUUCAAUUCAUUAAAUAUCACACCUUUCACUACCCUUUAUCAAUCUUUCUAGUUCUUCACGUAACCCACCCCAUUCUAUGCUUUCUAUGAACAACAUCGUCUCUUUGUUGUUCUUCUUCUUCUCCCAACCCAAGAAACCCUAAAAAAAAAAAACCCUAACUUUGAAACCCUAGAAACCCUAGGUCAAGAAUUCUAGUUUUCAUCGCCGUGGAUGGCGGCGGACGUGAGCGCAAGGUUGAGGAUGAUGAAGGACGGCGGCGGCGAUGGCAAGGGCCAGCGCGACCUGAUCACAAGAGACCUCCUCGGUGGCUGUGAUCUCGGAGGACAAGAUCGGCGUCUUGAUCUCAUGCCGGAGAAGGCGUACCUCGAGAGGAGAGGUCUCCACGAUCUGAACCUCCCGCCGCCGCCGGCAGCGGCGAUCGGAACGCAAGCGAUCACGGAGGACUCCGCAGCGCUGGAUCUCAGGCUCGUUUCGCCGUCCUCCUCCGCGGCGCCGGAGUACCAGAGCGUGUGCACCCUUGAGAAGGUGAAGUCCGCGCUAGAGAGGGCGGAGAGGGAAGCAAGGGGAAGGAGGAGGAUGUCGGACGGCUCGCCGUCGCCGUCGUCGUCGACGACGUCUUCCUCGGCGAAGAGACGGGCAGCGGAGGCGGAGGAGGAGGAGGGAUUGGACGGCUGGGAUUCGUCCGCGGAGACGGGGAUGAUGGCUGCUGGAUGCCCUGGAUGCUUGCUUUAUGUGCUGAUCUCGAGGCGGAAUCCACGGUGCCCACGCUGUGAUUCGCACGUGCCGAUCACGGCGAUCCCGAAGAAGCUCAAGAUUGAUCUCAACUACACCUCUCCCUGAUUUCAAUAAAUUAAUAAUUAAUAAUAAUAAUAAAGAAUUAUAGAAAUUUUUUUUUUAUAAAUUUGGGGAGAAAAAAGAGAAAUUAGAGAAUAUGAGUGGUUUUGUAAAAUAUUUCC